AUGUUACACGAGCUGUCAGUGCCAGUGGUUCCCAAAACAGCCGAGAAUUUUCCGCACGGACAGGGAAAUUCCUCAACGUCCCCGCUGCCUUACGCGUGGCCACGCCUGACACCGGUCAACCAUCAAAUCCACACAUCGUUGACCUCCAAACGCGUUGAUCGCGUUCUUGACUCCGGCGACCUUGACGGCGACAUGUUUGGCAUUCUCGAGACCGUCCAAGUGCCCCAUUCGGGCAUCUACAACAGCUAUGAGGAACUUUUCAAGCAACUCAGCGAUGGCAUGGAAAAGGAAGGAUACAAGAUCGUCAAGGCUAGAUCCCAUCGAGGCAAAGUGGGUGGUGCAGACGUCCCGGGGAACGACAUAGUACGAUGCGAUCUUGUCUGCGAUCGCGGUGGGAGGCCGUAUCGAUGCAUGGCGACAAAACAUAAGACGACGACAAAGAAGACCGACUGUCCUUGGAAAGCAAAGGCGGUCCAUCGGAAGACUAUGGGAGGAUGGGUACUGACAAUUACGUGCGAUCAGCAUAACCAUGAGCCCGGCACACCCGAACCACCGACGCCCGAAGCUGCAAGCGAGGAAGAGACGAAUAUGAUGGACGACCUGGAAGGUGAGCAUAGUUUGGAUCCGGAUGCGACGCCGCUCCUCACGCCUUGGCAAGACGAAGGACCACAACCCGAUCAGGAGACACAAGCUGCAAUCCAGGUCGCCGGUGUCUCCAACGCAGUUCUUCGUCUGACCGGCGAAACUUUCCAUCAGUUCAAGAGCGACUCCGCGUUGCAGCCAUCUAUGCUGUUCAGAAUGAGGACCUGCAACGACAAAAGAAGGCAAGAAGCUCAAGACAAGCGCCACCGACAAAUCGAGGAGUCCAAGAGGCAAUCCUCCGUGCAGAAGCAGCGGGCUAGGCAGCGUCGUCAGCAAGUGGUGGAGCAGAACCAUCAGCAGCAACAACAACAGCAGCAGCAGCAAUUGCAUCAACACAUUCAGCAACAGCAACUCCCUCAACAAACCACUCAGGCCCAAGUACAACAAGCCCAAGCACAGGCGCAGGCACAAGCGCAGGCCCAGGCCCAGGCUCAAGCGCAGGCUCAAGCCAUGAUGCAAUCACAGCUGUAUCUCCCGCAGAACCCACAGGCCCCAAUCGCGGUGCCAACGAUGGACAUGCCGCAGUUUCAGCACUACGUGGCUCCAAAUAAUAAGAGGAUGCGUGGGCGGACUUCUCAAGGCGGACAACAAGCUCAAUAG